AUGAAACUCAUCAUCACGCUCAUCUGGGCAAAUUUGCUGGCCGGCGUGGUGGCUUUCAAGGUCCGUGGAGCAGCAGAACGUGCAUUCUUCUACUCCGUGUACAUUAUGGAGGAACUCGCUUAUCCAGAUGAUCUCGGUCGCAUGACAAUCGCCAAAAAUUGUAUGGGUACACGUCAGGGGCUGCGUGGACAGGCGAAUCGCUGCUUUCUAAGUGAAUUCAUCGACUUCCUAUGGUCCCCGGAGCCUGGAAAGGAUGCAACGUCAAAACCCGAUGCUGACCUGGUCAACUGGAAAAGCGCGAAAACAGGGGAUUUGACCAAGGGAGAAAUUACAACAAUGACCAGCUGGAUCACUCAAAUAUUGAAUACGAAAGUCAGGGACCCCCUGACCGGUGAAAUUGUCCUCAACAACCCUUCAGAGCCGUGGAACUUUAAGCUCGAGAAAAUCCCAGAACCUGGUUACACGGGCUUUUUGGCAACUAAGAAGCUGUUCCCCGAUGCAGAAGAUUACUAUGACGGAAUUUCAAAAGCGGGGAAAGCUGGCUGGGACGCCAAAAAAGCCUACGCUGAAGACAAAUCCCUAGAAUCGGUCGAUGCUAAAACAAAGACGGAGUGGGAUGAAUGGCCAGGUCGUGUUUCGAAUGGGGCAGCGAGGGUUGCCAACUACCGAGUCCUGGAUAGCGGUAAAUUCAAAUGCGAUCAAAUCGCAGAGAAGCUGCAGGCAGAAUACAACAAGAAAGGAGACGUUACUAGGAGAUCAGUCAGCUUAUUUGGGGGCGACGGGGCUAAGGUUAAGGGAGCAGUUGACCUGGAUGAAGCUACAACGGUGACAAAGUGGGCGGAGCUCACGGGGAAGGACGCAUCAGAGAUCAAUACGAAGAUCCAGGAUUGGCUGGAAGAGCUCGAAACUGCACCAGGGGCUGCGGAGCACAAUAAGGCACUAGAGUCGAGCAAGAAAGCCUUUGCCAAGGUGGAAACAGGUGUUUGCUGA